AUGUAUUAUCUAAAGCAAAGCAUAUGGAAUGGAAUUGAUGAACCCAAGAGCUCGAUGAACCCAAGAGCUCCUCUGUUUCCUCUGUUUCCUCUGUUUUCAAUGGACAAGAGAUGGGUAUUCCCCUUCCUCUUCAGCACCACUCUCUUCAUUUUUCUCUUGGCUACAUCAUUCAACAUGGGCCGCAACUCUUCCUUCUACACCAUCUUCUCUACGACGGCUUCGACGAACAACACAGCUUCUGUCCACUCACACAUCAACUCCUCCUCCUCCUCCUCCUCCUCUGCUCCACCACCGCCGUCGACCCCUUUGUCCUUCGUUCCGCGCUUGGCCUACUUUGUUUCCGGAUCAAAAGGCGAUUUGGAUAGGGUCUGGAGAUUGUUGCAAGUAAUUUACCAUCCGAGAAAUCAGUAUGUAGUUCAUCUGGAUUUAGAAUCGCCGGCCGCCGAGAGAUCGGAGCUCGCUUUGCGCAUCGCGAAUGAGACCGUUUUUGCUAAAGUGGGGAAUGUGCAUGUUAUCGCAAAGGCUAAUAUGGUUACGUACAGAGGAGCAACCAUGGUUGCUAAUACUCUGCAUGCUUGUGCUAUUCUUCUCAAGAAGAGCAAGGAGUGGGAUUGGUUCAUCAACCUCAGUGCCUCGGAUUAUCCCCUUGUCACACAAGAUGAUUUGCUGCAUGUUUUUGCAACUUUGCCGAGAAAUUUAAACUUUGUGGAGCACACAGGUAGAUUGGGUUGGAAGGAGACGCAAAGGGCAAAACCCAUGGUAAUAGAUCCUGGACUCUACAUGACUCGCAAAUCAGAUAUCUUCUGGGUUACCCAGAGAAGAGAACUACCAAACGCAUUCAAACUAUUUACAGGAUCUGCAUGGGUGGCUUUAUCCCGGGACUUUGCCGAGUUCUGCAUAUGGGGGUGGGACAACCUCCCCAGAACUCUCCUCAUGUAUUACACCAACUUCCUCUCCUCCCCGGAGGGCUACUUCCAAACAGUGGUUUGUAACGCGGAAACGUUCAAACGCACCGUCGUGAACCACGACCUCCACUACAUCGCCUGGGACGUGCCCCCGAAGCAGCACCCGAACGCGCUCACGGCGGCCGACCUUCCCAAGAUGGUGAAAAGCGGCGCCGCGUUUGCACGCAAGUUCGACCGCGGUGAGCCAGUGCUGGACCUGAUUGAUUCGGAGUUGCUUGGGCGGUCGAACAGCGGGGGGUUUGUCCCCGGCGGGUGGUGUGUGGGGGAGCCACCGUGCUCGGAGGUGGCCGACCCCAACGUGGUCCGGCCCGGGCUAGGAGCAGAGAGGUUGGGGCGGCUCGUGGACCGGAUCGUGUGGUCAAGGGUGUUUGGACUCGGCCAGUGUAAAUAAAAUAAAUGGCGGAUAAAAUGGUCUAACAUUAAAACCGACCGUACUAAAUUUUAUUCUUACGUAGUUAGCUAGUUAGGCAACGAUAGGAUCCAAGAUAUAGACAAGGGAUCGGGACAAAAUGCAUG